GUGGCUGACGUGCAAGUCCCUGCCCCCGGGAGCUCUGGAAAGAAUUGCCGACACCGUGGCGGACCGGGUGCGGGUCCCUUGGUUCUACGGAGCCGUGAAGGUCAACGUCAGCCUCGUGCCGCCUCUCGUUCUGCUGCCGGUCUUCCUCCACGUUGCCGCCUUGCACUUCCUGCUGGGGCUCGUCAUCUUGACGUCUCUGCCCGUGGUGGUGCUGUGGUAUUACUACCUCACCCACAGGAGGAAGGAACGGACUCUCUUCUUCUUGAGCCUGGGACUCUUCUCCUUGGGCUACAUGUACUAUGUGUUCCUCCAGGAGGUGGUUCCUCGAGGCCACGUGGGGUAUUCCCAAGUGGUCGCUCUCACGUGCGGGUUAAUUCUUAUGCUUGCAGCUCUGUCUCGAGCCAAGAAAGACCCUGGCUACCUUCCCAUUCCAGCGAGCAAUGAGAAGUUAUCGCACCAGAGUUUGCCCAACAAGAGUAUUAGAGGGACCCCCAACGGGCUCCAUGGUGUCACCAUGUCGGGAGCUGCCAGCGGCCGUGCUGUGAAUGGGGAGGCCAAAAGCUAUUCCAGGAUGUCAGCUGAGGAGCCAGAAGGUGUGAGAAGGGACUGGUGCACUAAGUGCCAGCUGGUCAGACCAGCCCGAGCAGGGCACUGCCGGCUUUGUGGCCGGUGUGUGAGGAGACUGGACCAUCACUGCGUCUGGAUUAACAGCUGUGUAGGGGAGCAGAACCAUCAAGCAUUCAUCCUUGCACUCUCCUUCUUCAUGCUCACCUCUGUGUAUGGGAUUACAUUGACCCUGCAUACCGUCUGUAGGGGUCGAACUCCAUUUGUGGCAUUGUUCUACUGCCCUGGGGCCUAUUCUGACUACAGCUCUGCUCUGUCGUUCACCUGUGUGUGGUACUGUGCCAUUGUAACAGCUGGGAUGGGAUACAUCCUCCUUAUCCAGCUGUUGAACAUCAGCUACAACGUGACCGAGAGGGAAGCUCGGCUGGCUCUGCGGGACAACACUGGGCGCAGGCUCCUGGGUGGGUUAGUGAUAGACACUGGCCAGUAUAACAGGGGUUUCCUGUGCAACUGGGGCCAUUUCUUGAGCCUGGGGUCUUCUCCUCCACAGCGCUCUGCUGAAGACAUCGUGUGACACCCCUCUUUCUACAGGUGAUGCUGACUGACUUUCUUUAGCAGGGAAACAACCCCUUACACUAGGACUUCCUCCUCCCACACCCUUCCUUUGUGGUCGGUGUAUGGGCUGCCUAUCCCAUCACUGACAACAUCAGAGGCUUUCCAGGCAGAAUGGUUCUUCACGUGCUGUCAGCCAGCAAUAGGAUGCGGAAAGCAGUAAGCCAUAUGCAUAAACUUGGAGAGAAGGAGCCUGCUGCCUUU